GCCCACAAUUUGAUUAAAAAAAUAAAUAAAUAAAUCGAGACGAGAGUGAAAUACACGUGAGAGCCAAGAUUCGCCGGAAAGGGUGUGAAACUGAGAAGGAAGAAAGAAAGGUUUCUUUUAUCACCCAAAAAAUAACCGUUGGGGGACGACACGUGUCAAAUUGUGCAACCACCUGUCGGCUUCAGUCAUCCUUUGGAUUCUCUCCACUCUCUCUCCUCUAAAAAUGGCUCUGCCCCAUUAGUAUUCCUUGUUUGUUUGUUGGGGUUUUGUUCUGUCCUAAGGCAAUUUCCGAAGAAUACAAUCCCAUCCUUCUCUCUCUUUUUCCCAGACCCGUGAAUUCAAUCUCUCUUUCUUCAUCAUCUUCAUCCUCAUCACAAAUUUGUUUGAACACCCAAAAACCCCUCUCUCUAAUGGGUGUUCAUCAAAACUGACAAUGUCAAAACUUUUUCCUAAAUUUUCUGGCAUUUUCUUCGCCCACUUUACACUGUUUUUUGUCUUUCACAACAGUGUUUUGAUAAAAGCAGCCACUGAAUUCGACUUUGGAACGUUAACUCUGAGCAGUCUGAAGCUUCUCGGAGAUGCCCACUUGAACAAUGGCAGUGUCCGCCUUACUCGAGACCUCACCGUCCCGAACUCCGGCGCCGGCAGGGUUCUCUACACCAAACCAAUCAGAUUCCGGCAGGCCGGAACUCACAACCCGACGAGCUUCUCCACAUUCUUCUCCUUCUCCGUCACGAAUCUGAACCCGUCCUCGAUUGGCGGCGGGCUUGCCUUUGUCAUCACGCCGGACGACGAAACCGUGGGAGACGCCGGCGGGUUCCUGGGGCUCGUAAGCGGGGAAGGAUUGGGUCCGGCCUCGGGGUUCUUGGCGGUGGAAUUCGACACUCUUAUGGAUGUGGAAUUCAAAGACAUUAAUGGAAACCAUGUGGGUUUGGAUCUAAACAGCAUGGUUUCUACUCAGGUCGCCGAUUUGGGAGCUCUCGAUGUCGAUCUCAAAAGCGGUGACGUUGUGAACGCGUGGAUCGAAUACGACGGGUCAACAAGAGUCUUCAACAUAUCGGUUUCAUACUCGAAUCUGAAACCGAAAGAGCCUCUCUUGUCCUUUAGUCUUGAUCUGGAUCAGUUCGUCAACGAUUUCAUGUACGUGGGGUUUUCCGGUUCGACUCAGGGGAGUACAGAGAUUCACAGUGUCGAGUGGUGGAGUUUCAGCUCAUCAUUCGAAUCGAAUUCGUCUCCUGGGCCGCCGGAUUUAUCACCAUCGGCUCCGGCUCCACCUCCUCCGACUACGACUUUGAUGAAUCCAACGGCGAAUUCCGUGAGGUCUCCGCCGCCUUCAUUGGCUCCCUCUGGUUCCGAUUCAAUAACCAGCACAAACCAGAAGAACAGUAAGUCAUCCUCUUGCCAUAACCAGCUCUGCAAACAAGGUCCUGGAGCUGUUGCAGGGGUAGUGACAGCAAGCGCUUUCGUUUUAGCAUUGUUUGCCGGUGCUUUGAUUUGGGUUUACUCCAAGAAAUUCAAACACGUCAAGAACAAAUCGGAAUCAUCUUUUGCCUCUGAGAUCUUAAAGACGCCCAAAGAAUUCACUUAUAGACAGCUUAAAACGGCUACAAAGUGUUUCAAUGCCAACAGAAUCAUUGGUCAUGGCGCAUUUGGGACGGUCUACAAAGGAAUAUUGCCGGACACCGGCGACAUUGUGGCCGUGAAAAGAUGCAGUCACAGUAGUCAAGGAAAGAACGAAUUUCUCUCCGAAUUAUCCAUAAUCGGAACUCUAAGGCAUCGAAAUCUAGUUCGCCUCCAAGGCUGGUGCCACGAAAAGGGUGAAAUCCUAUUAGUCUACGAUUUAAUGCCUAAUGGAAGCCUCGACAAGGCAUUGUUCGAAGCCAGAAUGCCGUUGCCGUGGCCACACAGACGGAAAAUCCUAUUCGGCGUCGCUUCGGCUCUGGCUUAUCUGCAUCAAGAAUGUGAAAACCAGGUAAUUCACAGAGACGUCAAGACCAGCAACAUAAUGUUGGACGAAGGGUUCAAUGCCAGGCUAGGAGAUUUCGGUUUAGCAAGACAAAUUGAGCACGACAAGUCGCCGGACGCAACGGUGGCCGCCGGAACGAUGGGAUAUUUGGCACCGGAAUACUUGCUAACGGGAAGAGCUACCGAAAAGACCGAUGUGUUCAGCUACGGCGCGGUGGUCCUCGAAGUGGCAAGUGGAAGAAGGCCCAUUGAGAGAGAAGUCAGUGGGGUUGGGAAAGUUGGGGUUAGCGGCAAUUUGGUGGAAUGGGUUUGGAGUUUACACAGAGAAGGAAGGUUGCUGACAGCGGCAGAUUCUAGGCUCGAGGGUGAGUUCGAAGAGGGGGAGAUGAGGAAGAUUCUGUUGGUUGGUCUCGCUUGCUCGCACCCGGAUCCGUUAGCCCGACCCACAAUGAGGAAUGUGGUUCAGAUGCUAGUGGGUGAAGCUGAGGUCCCUCUGGUCCCAAGAGCCAAGCCGUCAACGAGUUUCAGCACUUCUUACCUUCUGCAGAGCUUGCAGGACAGUGUUUCUGACUGUAAUGGAAUGAUUAACCUCUCCACCUCUUCCUCGGAAGAAAGCUUCAAGGGUGUUGAUCUAGUGUAGUUGAAAAAAACAAAGGGUUGGGAUUCUCUCUCUCUUUCCAAGGAGGUCGGCAAAUGGAAAUGAAGUCGACGUCGUUUUGAUAUUUAUCAUCUUUUAUUUAUUGACUUGAUAGUAUAUAUUAUAUAUUCAUUUGUUUUUUUGUAUGUACAACACAAAUAACAUGCAAUGUAAGAACCAGAGAAUUAGGAAAAAAAUUUUGGGUUGAAUUUUUAUUA